AAGUCUUUGCGUAUCGGUUGCCGAAACAGAGGCUAGAUUUCUCUUGGAGGUCAAAGUUCAUCUACAGCAGCCCAGCGUCAGAUUUUAACUUUUUCAGCAAACAUCGGAGUAAAAAACCGGGUUUUUAGACCAACAUGGGGAAGAAACAGCACCAGAAGGACAAACUGUACCUGACUUGCUCAGAAUGGACCCAGUUUUUCGGGGGCAAAAAGUCAGAUGGACCGGAGAGGGGGCCUUUCCGACGCCUUCCUUUCUACUGUUGCAGCCUUUCCCUGCAGCCGUUUGAGCACCCACUGUGCACGGAUAAGGGAGACAUCUUUGACUUGAUGAACAUUGUCCCAUGGCUGAAGAAAUAUGGCACAAACCCCAUCACUGGAGAGAAAAUGGAGGCCAAGGCGCUGAACAAGCUGACCUUCCACAAGAACUCUGAAGACAAAUACCACUGUCCCGUCACCUUCAAAGUCUUCAACGAAAAUGCCCACAUUGUUGCCAUCAAGAAGACAGGGAACGUCUACAGUUAUGAGGCAGUUGAGAGGUUAAACAUCCGGCCGAAGAACUGGAAGGACCUCCUGACAGACGAACCAAUCAGCCGCAAGGACAUCAUCACUCUUCAGGACCCCACCGACCUGGACAAGUUCAACUUCAACAACUUCCACCACCUCAAGCACAACCUCAAACUCACUGAUGAAGGUAAGAACCACCCUCCCACACAGGGUUGACUAUCGCGGCAAUGCCUUAAGAUAUCAACCCUGCCUUU